GCCGCCGAAGCGCCGCCCGCGCCCGCCCCGGAGGCGCCGCCGCCGAUCCCCGAGCCGGCCCCGGCGCCGGAGAGCCAGCCGGAGCCGGUGCCCGCGCCCGAGGCGCCGGAGGUGGUGGCCGAGACCCCGCCGGAGCCGGAGACGGCGCCCGCCGCCGAGGCCCAGGUGGCCGAGGCGCAGCCGGCCGAGCCGGAGCCGCAGGCGGCCGAGCAGGCCUGGAUGUCCGGCGUCACGCCGCCGAUGCCGCAGCGCCGCCCGCAGGUGGCCGAGCGCCCGCAGCCCGAACCGGAGCCCGAGCCCGAGCCCGAGCCUCAGGAGGAGCCGCAGGACCGGCUGCAGUCGGUGCUGCGCAACGUGCUGAAGAAUCGCGAGGAGCCGCAGCCGCAGCCGCGCGAGACCCAGCAGGCGGCGCGGCCCGGCGCCGGGCGCAGCCAGCCCUCCCAGGCGGUGGUCAACCAGCUCGGCCAGAUCAUCCAGAACAAGAUGGCCUACUGCUGGCGCUUCGAUCCCGGCGCGCGCAACGCCGACGAGCUGGUCGUGGUGAUGGACAUCGAGCUGACCCGCGAGGGCUACAUCAUCGGCGAGCCGGACUUCGCCGACGAGGGGCGCCUGCGCAACGACCGCUUCUACCGCGCCGCCGCCGAGAACGCGCGGCGCGCCGUGCUGGAGUGCGAGCCCUACACGGAGCUGCCGCAAGGCCAGUACGAUGAUAGCCCCGUGACCUGUCACCGCCGUACGUUCGCCGCCCGGUUCUCCUCCGACCGGCCCGCCGCCCGGUUCAUCGCCGGUCUCUUCGCUGCCACCCUGGGCUUCCUGGCGAUCGCGCUCGUGCUGCUGGCCGCCGCGGCGCAGCCGGCGCGCGCGCAGUUGACCGUCGACAUCGUCAAGGGCUUCGCCGAGCCGCUGCCCAUCGCGAUCACCGACUUCAACGCGAGCGAGGGCGAGCAGGCGCGCAUCGGCGCCGACAUCGCCCAGGUGAUCUCCGACAACCUGGCCCGCUCCGGCCUGUUCAAGCCGAUCGACCAGCGCGCCUUCAUCCAGGACGCGGCCAGCGUGCAGAACGGACCGCGCUUCGCCGACUGGCGCCUGAUCAACGCCAAGGCGCUGGUGAGCGGCGGCGUGGAGACCAAUCCCGACGGCCGCCUGCGGGUCUCCUUCCGGCUGUGGGACGUGCUGGCCGAACAGCAGAUGACCGGGCUGGCCUACGUCACCACGCCGGCCAACUGGCGGCGCAUCGCGCACAUCAUCUCGGAUGCGAUCUACAAGCGCCUGACCGGCGAGGAUGGCUACUUCGAUACGCGCAUCGUCUACAUCGCCGAGAGCGGGCCGCAGGACCGGCGCGACAAGCGGCUGGCGAUCAUGGACCAGGACGGCGCCAACCAUCAGUUCCUGACCGACGGCACGCACCUGGUGCUGACCCCGCGCUUCUCGCCGACGACCCAGGAAAUCACGUACUUGUCCUACGAGAAUAACAGGCCGCGGGUGUAUCUGCUCGACCUGCAGACCGGGCGCCGGGAGGUGCUGGGGGACUUCCCCGGGAUGACCUUCGCGCCGCGGUUCUCGCCCGACGGCAACAAGGUGAUCAUGUCGAUGGCCGAAUCCGGCAACAGCGACAUCUACACGAUGGAUCUCAGGACCCGGCAGGUGCGCCAGCUCACCUCGAGCGCGGCGAUCGACACCUCGCCGUCCUACGCGCCCGACGGCACGCAGAUCGUGUUCAACUCCGACCGGGGCGGGGCGCAGCAGCUCUACGUGAUGGAGGCCGACGGCUCCAACGUCCGCCGCAUCUCCUAUGGCGAGGGGCGCUACGCGACGCCCGUCUGGUCGCCGCGCGGCGACCUGAUCGCCUUCACCCGCAUGCACCAGGGCAGCUUCUACAUCGGCGUGAUGAAGCCCGACGGCACCGGCGAGCGGAUGCUGGCCAGCGGCUUCCUGGUGGAGAGCCCGACCUGGGCGCCCAACGGGCGGGUGCUGUCCUUCUACCGGACCGAGCGGGCGACCUCCCAGGGCCAGCAGCGCAGCCGGCUCUACACGAUCGACCUGACCGGCUUCAACGAGCGGGAGGUAAUCACGCCGCUCGAUGCCUCGGAUCCGGCCUGGCAAGCCGUCGGCGAGCAGCAGAGAACCAGCCGUUCGGGCCGAGAUCGUGCAACCCGAACAUCACACAAGGGGACUGUUACCAUCAUGAAGCUGAAGUUCGUUCUGAUCGCAGCGGCGGCGCUGGCGCUGACUGCUUGCGAAAGCGCGCCCGAAGAGCAGGCUGGUCCGCAGACCGGGGCUUCGUCCACGACCUCGACGCAGGCCGCGCCGACCACCGCGGUCGAGCCGGGCUCGCGCGAGGAGCUGGUCCAGCAGGUCGGCGACCGCGUGUUCUUCGCCUUCGACUCCUCCGAGCUGAGCCCCGAGGCGCGCAACACCGUCGACAAGCUGGCCGCCUGGCUGCAGCGCAACCCGAACGUCAGCCUGACCAUCGAGGGCCAUGCCGACGAGCGCGGCACCCGCGAGUACAACCUGGCGCUGGGCGAGCGCCGCGCCAACUCGGUGCGCCAGUACCUGAUCGCCCUGGGCGUCGCGCCGAGCCGCCUGGGCACCAUCAGCUACGGCAAGGAGCGGCCGGCCGUGCUCGGCUCCAACGAGGCCGCCUGGGCGCAGAACCGUAGGGUCCGCCCGCGCCGUCUGAGACGACCAACCCGGGAGCGCCGUCUCGCCAUGUCGAUUCCGUCCUCCACUGCCCGCCGCGCGCGACCGGCCCUGGGACUGUGUGCGCCGCUGGCCGCUCUUCUGCUGCUUGCCGCGCCGGCCCAGGCCGAGACCGCCGCGCCCCCGAUGCAGGAGCUGACCGAGCUGCAGGCGCAGGCCGCCGCCGCCGGCCGCGACCGCCGGGCGCUGCAAACCCAGCUCGCCCAGGCGAGCGGGCUGACGACCGCGCAGGCGGCGGAGUUCGAGCGGCGCCUGUCCGGCCUCGAGCGGGAGCUGCGUGGCCUGACCGGCCGGCUGGAGGACCUGGACUUCCGCAUCCGCCAGCAGCAGCAGCGGCUCGACCGCUUCGAAUCGGAGACCAAGGCGCGUCUGUUGCGGCUCGAGCAGGGCCAGCCGGCGCCGGCCGAGACGCCCAGCGCCACCUAUACGCCGCCCGGUGACACCCAGGGCGAGACCGCGUCCGGCCGCGGGACGAGCGGAGGGCAGGUCGCCGGCGCCGACGGCGGCGGUCAGCCGGGGCCGCUGCAGCCGCGCUCGCUGGGCACGAUUCCGGACCAGGGCACGGCCGGCGGCCAGCAGGGCGGUCAGGCCCGGGGAGGUCAGACCCAGGGCGGGCAGCCGGGCCAGGAUCGGCAGCAGGCCCUGGCGCCGACGCCGGAGCUGCCCGAAGGCGACCCCCAGGCCGCCUACGACACCGCCUUCGACCUGCUGCGCCGCAUGGACUAUCCGGCGGCCGAGGCGGCCUUCAGCCAGUACCUCGAACUCUAUCCGGACAGCGACCUGGCCGGCAACGCCAAGUACUGGCUGGGCGAGACCCACUAUGUGCGCGGCGACUACGAGACUUCGGCGGUGGUUUUCGCCGAGGGCUACCAGGACUUUCCCGACAGCAGCAAGGCGCCGGACAACCUGCUGAAGCUGGGCAUGUCGCUGGCCAACCUGGGGGCCACCCAGGAUGCCUGCGCCACCUUCGCGGAGCUGCAGCGCCGCUAUCCCGAUGCCGCCCCCACGAUCCUGCAGCGCGCGCAGCGCGCGGCCCGGCUGUUCGCCGCCUGCGGGCCCUUCGAGCCGCAGCCGCAGCUUGCCGUCGCCGUCUCCGGCGGGCCGGAUUCCCUGGCCCUGGCCUGGCUGCUGCAGCGCUGGCUGCGACCCCGGGGCGGCCGGCUGCUGGCGCUCAUCGUCGACCACCGCCUGCGCCCCGACUCGGCGGCCGAGGCGCAGGCCACCGCGGCCCGGCUCGCCGCCCACGGCAUCGCCAGCCGGAUUCUGGUCUGGCAGGCGGGCGGCCGGGCCGACCAGGCGCGCGGCGGCCUGCAGGCGGCGGCCCGGGCGGCGCGCUACGCCCUGCUGACCGAAGCCUGCCGCGCGGCCGGGCUGCUGCACCUGGCGCUGGCGCACCACCGCGACGAUCAGGCCGAGACGCUGCUGCAGCGGGCCGCGGCGGGCAGCGGGCCCGACGGCCUGGCCGGCAUGCCGCGCCUGGCCGAGCAUGCGGAGCUGCGGCUGCUGCGGCCGCUGCUGGCGCUGCCCAAGGCGCGGCUGGUCGCCACCUGCCGGGCCGCCGGCCUGGACUUCGUCGAGGACCCGAGCAACCGCGACCCGCGCUUUGCCCGG